AUGGUCAAUCAAAGUCUAAUUCCUGACCCAGUUUUCUCUGUUUAUCUUGACAGAAAUCCAGAAGGUAAAGAAGGAGGUGAGUUGAUAUUUGGUGGAAGUGAUCCCAAUCAUUAUAAUGGUAGUUUUAGUUAUUUACCAGUUACUAGAAAGGGAUACUGGCAAUUUAAGAUGGACGGUAUUAAUGUAGAUGGCAAGGCCAGUUCUUUCUGUUCAGGAGGUUGUCAAGCUAUAGCUGAUACUGGUACCUCACUUCUAGCCGGACCUUCCGACGAGAUUGCCAAGUUACAGACCAUGAUUGGAGCUACUCCAUUAGCUAAGGGAGAGUAUAUGGUAGAUUGUAAUAAAAUCUCCAGUCUGCCACCAAUUACCUUCAUGUUAGGAGGAAAACCAUUUACAUUACAAGGAAAAGAUUACGUGCUUGUGAUCAGUCAAGCCAGUGUUAAAAUCUGUCUCAGUGGGUUUAUAGGCCUAGAUGUCCCUAAACCCCUUGGACCCUUGUGGAUCUUAGGAGAUGUAUUUUUAGGGCCGUAUUAUACAGAGUUUGAUCUGGGAAAGAGUCGAGUUGGGUUUGCUAACUCCACUUCUACAGCACGGAAACAUGAACAUUAG